GUAACAAGUACUUGUGGUCAUGUAAUGUGUGCGGAUUUUCCUCCAAAUAUGAAUAACUGGGAACGAGUUGAUCCGUUGCAGUUAUUUACAUCACCGAUCGAGAAGAAGGAAGCAAAUCCGAAGAUGAAAAUGAAUGAGUAUCUUGCAUCUGAAGCACGAGGUUGCGAUUUCCUGGUCCUAUGGCUUGAUUGUGAUAAAGAGGGUGAAAAUAUUUGCUUCGAGGUAAUUGAUGCUGUCCGGCACGUGCUCAAGAAGCCUAGGUUGGGGAAUGUGAUGGAUGUUAUCUACAGGGCACAUUUUUCUGCUGUCACCGAAAAAGACAUCAAAUUAGCGAUGCGCAACCUGGGGCGUCCAAAUAUCAACGAAAGCUUAUCGGUGGAUGCCCGCCAGGAAUUAGAUCUCAGAAUUGGUUGCGCAUUCACACGCUUUCAGACCAGAUAUUUUCAGGGGAAGUACGGUGAUCUGGAUAGCGCAACAAUAUCAUUUGGACCAUGCCAGACACCAACACUUGGUUUUUGCGUCACUCGUCAUGACCAGAUUACACAGUUCAAACCCGAACCAUACUGGAUUAUUGAGGCAAUUUUUGAAACUCCAUCAGGAGAAUUCCUGUAUCCGAAGCAUUCGAGAGGACGCAUAUUCGACAAGGAUGUUUCAGAGUUGUUUCUAAAUCGAAUAAAAAAGCACGAUCAGGGCGUAGUUGUUGAUGUGGUCAGUUCGGAAUCACGAAGAGAACGCCCGCAUGCUCUGAACACCGUUGAAUUGUUACGUGUUUGCAGUAGCGGCUUAGGUCUUAGCCCAGCACAGACAAUGAACACAGCCGAAUAUCUCUACACUCGGGGUUUCAUAAGUUAUCCACGAACUGAAACCACCGCAUAUUCAUCAAAUUUCGAUUUUAUGGAAGCUUUACAUCACCAGAAAAAUGAUUGUCGUUGGAAAGAUGUUGUAAGGAAGCUGAUAUCAGAAGGAAUAACAAAGCCUCGUGCUGGUGAAGAUAAAGGCGAUCAUCCACCAAUAACACCUCUGUGUGGCGAUGAUGGUUCGCUUGCUGGAGAUGCGGCUCGAGUGUAUGAAUACAUCACGCAACAUUUUAUAGCAACAUUAAUGAAUCCAUGCAUAUAUCUCGUCUCCACUAUCAAAAUUGAAGUUGGAGAAGAAAUUUUGACCGCAACAAGCAGAAGUGUCAUUGAUGCGGGCUACACUGAGAUAAUGACUUGGCAGGGAAUUGAGGACGAUGCAUGUUUGCAUGAUGUACAGAAAGGCACAGUGCUGGAUAUGAAGAGGCGUUUGGUACCAACCAAAUUGGGCAUAGCACUUGUGCAUGGUUACUGGAAAAUAGAUCCGGAACUGGUAUUGCCUACAAUGCGAGGCGAAGUCGAAAGUCAGCUAAAUCUUAUCGCAAAAGGAUAUGCCGACUUCUCCGCUGUAAGUACCAUGAAUUUUAAUACUGUUGGAUUUACUGGCUGGGCGUUCCUUUGA